AUGCCCAAGUACAAGCCUAGAAGUACACGCGAAUCGCGUCUCAAUCGUCCAAUUCAAAAGCAUGAAGAAAGACCAAAAUACCCACCAAACGCCCAAGCUGCCAAGAAAGCUGAGCUAACCGAGAAGUAUGGUCUCCCCUCGGAUGCGAAAUUUCUUUUUUUCAAGAAGGGACGACGCUUCAGCAAACCACGCCUCAGUCUAUCGUAUGGCACUGUUGUAUGCCUGGAUCAGGAUACUUUCGAACUCCUACUGGUCGUGCGAUUUGUUGAAAAGGCCGAUGGCACUCCUGGCCUUUUUGAAUCAUAUGACCAUUCAAUCAGUACAGUCUAUUGGCAUGCCAGAGCUCGAGGUGAAAUCAAGACGAAUGCAGCUACGUACCGCGGAAGGAGACCAGGAAGAAAGUUUGGACGUAUGCACGCUGCUGGGUUUUGUCCUGGAUAUGAUGCAAAGGUAAAGGGAGGUCAUUACACCUGGAACGCAACCACUGCCGCCGACUUCCGAAAGAUGGAGGCCGACUUGAAAAGACAAGACAAUCUCCCUCAGAUUGAAUCAUUCUUCGCUGAGAGAUUCAGUGGCCUUUCAUUAUCCGCAUUCGAGUCCAAUGCUGCCAUCGCCGCCCAAACACAUGCACCAUCCUGGGCCAACGAAUCCUUCUACGUGUCCCCCAAUGCCAAAGUAUUUGGUUCCAACAUUGUAGUCACAUUUGAUGAAUUUGUCAACAAGAGACAUAAAGAUUGUGACGAAACCAAAUACGCUUUUGGACUUUUCUCUUUGAUCGACUGA